UUUCCCCCACAAGCACCAAUGGCUUCUACUUCCUUCCUCAAGUCGUUGAGUCGUGCUUUGCAUGCUCCAACAUCACCACGAUUCUGUAUAGCCAGCCGUUCCAUCUUUUCCAGAAUCUAUUCAUCUUCCACCGCCUCUGUCCAACUUCAAACCAACCUUGACAAUCUCAAUAUUGCCGAGGAUAUUACAGAGCUCAUAGGAAAAACGCCAAUGGUUUACUUGAAGAGUGUCACGAAAGGCUGUGUUGCUACUAUUGCUGCAAAGCUUGAGCUAAUGGAACCUUGUUGCAGUGUCAAAGACAGGAUUGGUUAUAGCAUGAUUCUUGAUGCUGAGAGGAAAGGACUUAUAACACCGGGAAAGAGUAUUUUGGUGGAACCUACUGGUGGGAACACAGGAAUUGGUCUUGCAUAUAUAGCAGCUACUAAAGGAUAUAAGCUCAUUUUGACAAUGCCUAUUUCGAUGAGUUUAGAGAGAAGAAUUCUUAUGAGAGCAUUUGGAGCUGAACUUGUUUUGACUGAAUAUUCUAAGGCUAUGAGUGGAGCAGUUCGAAAAGCUGAAGAAAUUGUAAAAAAUACACCUAAUGCAUUCAUGCUUCAACAAUUUGAUAAUCCAUCAAAUCCUAAGGUACAUUAUGAGAAUACUGGACCUGAGAUAUGGGAAGAUACAAGAGGUAAAGUAGAUAUUUUAGUUUCGGCAAUUGGAACUGGUGGAACCCUUUCUGGAACAGGUCGAUUUCUAAAAGAACAAAAUCCAAAUAUAAAGGUUAUUGGUGUAGAGCCUCUCGAAAGCAACGUGCUUAGCGGUGGAACACCAAGACCUCACAUAAUUCAGGGUAUUGGAGCUGGUUUUGUACCCAAGAAUUUGGAUAAAGAAGUCCUUGAUGAAGUUAUAGCGAUAUCAGGUAAAGAAUCUGUCAAAACUGCAAAAACAAUAGCCCUCCGGGAAGGCUUGCUGGUGGGAAUUUCUUCUGGUUGUGCUGCUACAGCUGCAUUACAGGUUGCAAAGAGGCCUGAAAAUGAGGGAAAGCUUAUUGUGGUUGUAUUCCCAAGUUUUGGUGAAAGAUAUUUAUCCACUUCCCUUUUUCAAGAAGUACGAGAAGAAUGUGAGAAGAUGCAAGCAGUACCAUGAAACAAUAUACUCGUUUCAUGUUUCUCAUGCAUUUUCAAUAGCACUUUGUAAGAAUGGUUGGUGGUACCUUGAAUUUGUUUGGACUUGUAACUUUUAGCUAUUCGAUAUGUGUUAUAUUUUCUUAAUUUUUCAUCAUUGGGUGCUCUUCCAUUA